CUCUCUCUCUCUCUCUCUGAGUGUAUAUACCUACAUAAUGGCGACAUCCGGAGAUUCAUCUCCGGCAUCGUUGCCAGAAAUUUCCAGCCCAGGUAGUCCAUUUAUUCAAAUGGUAGAAAAAUCGUUAUCCGACAGACUCCUUGGCAAAUACUUUGACGCAUCAGAGUUCGACUUUGAUUACGAGCAGAGCGGUUUGUGGUCUCCUCUGAUUCCCCGGAAGGUGUUCUUGAGCUCGCCUGGAAAUAUAUGCUCCGUCGAUGAAAUGCUUGGAAAACUAAAGAGUGUGAAGAAGACCCAUUGGUUCAGACACUUAAUCCUUUGCUUCAGUGCCUUUUGGCGUUCUUAAGGCAAUGCUGGUGGAUGAUUCAUUGCUUUAAAAUUCUGAUCUCCAUGGCACAGUCCGAGUACAAUCUCCAUGUUAGAUUGUGUGGAAAUGGCAGUCCGGGUAGUCAAAAAGGUGAAGUCAAAAGGGACUCCGGGACAUGUAGUUUAGUUUUGUAAAAUUUUACGUGCAUGUAUGUAUUGUUUGGAUAAUAUAUGUGAUUUCUC